AUGUUUGAUGGAUCAAAGCACGUGCAAGUGGAAGCAGAUUUUCUUUCAAUUAAAGAUUUUGAUUUUUUUCAGACGAAGUCUCAUCAAUUUAUAUGCUUCUCUGUUGUAGUACUUGUUCAGCAUGAUCAAAUUAAACAUGAAAUUGUUGCGACAAAUGGUUUACCACUGCUUAUCCAAUGUGUCUUAGAUGCAAAAUUUCAGUGUGAGAUUAAUAUAUUACGAAAAUCAUUGGAGAUUAUCUGGUCAAUGACAUUUAUUGAUGAAGCGGCUAACGUUUUAAAAGAUCCAUCUAGUCAGCCGUUGUUGUCUUAUAUAAAAUCGGUUACGUUUUCAUCAAUAUCCGAUUUAAGAACUCGACAAGCAGCUGAGGGCAUUUUAUGGAAAUUGGAGAAGAAAACUAUACUAUUAUCCACAAGAAGACCUAGUGACCAAUACGAUAUAAUGCUCAGUUAUUCACAUGACGAUAAAGAAUUGUGCUAUAAAAUUCAUAAACGUUUAAUCACUCAGAAUUUUCGUGUUUGGCUUGAUCGAGAUGCUAUGCGUGGUUCAACAAUCGAAGCAAUGGUCAACGCUAUUGAACAAUCUAAAAUUGUUCUUUUAUGUGUAUCUGAUUCGUAUAAAACAAGUCCAAGUUGUCAGUCGGAAGCCGAAUUUGCGUAUCAAAAACAGCGUCCACUAAUUCCGUUGAUAAUGAGAGAUACCUAUCGGCCAGAUGGCUGGCUACUAUUCAUUAUUCGAUCUCGUACUUAUAUCAACUAUCCCAAGUUAGGCUUUGAGAAGGCGUGUGAUAAAUUAAUUGAAGAAAUUCAAGCACAGAAUGUGUCUCCUAAAUCAGCAAUAACUUCAAAUCUUUAUCAUGAGCUACCUUCAUCAUCAGAUUCAUGCGCUGUUAUUCUUGACUGGACACACACAGAUAUUUUGAAUUUUCUUUCCGAAUAUAAUCUUCAAGAAAUGUACCCACUGUUGAAAAAAAUGAAUGGACAAGAUCUAUUUGAACUGUACAAAAUGUGUGACAUAAACUCAGCGCAGAUGUAUCAAUCGCUAAAAUCGGAAUUAUUAACAUUAUACAAUGAAACAUUGCCAAUCAACGUUUAUCUUCGAUUUUACAAUCAAUUAAAAAAAUAUAUGAAUACGUGA